GGAGAGAGACCGAGAGAGAGACAGGGGGAGAGAGACGGGGAGAGACGGGGAGAGAGUCGGAGAGAGAGACGCAAGAGACAGGGAAGCUGCGCGACAGACGAGGAGACACGGAGGAGAGCAGCGAGAGAGCCGCGCAAGCCGACACGGAAGGCAGCCGGCGCCAUGGAAGCGCCACAGCCUGGGGCCAGCGCGGGAGCCAGCGCGGGAGCCAGCGCGGGAGCCAGCGCGGGAGCCAGCGCGGGAGCCAGCGCGGGAGUGGGGGAGCUCGCGGAGCCCCUGGCGGCGUUGGCGCUCCGGGGCGGAACGGCGCCCGCCGACAAGGCGUGCGCCGGCGGGAGCGCCGACGGCGCGGCCUGCUCCUCCUCGGCGCCCGUCGCGUCUCCCGCUCCGUCUCCCAGCCCCUCGUCCCGUCGCCCGGGGCUCGGCCGCUCCGCGGGUGGCCCCGCAGCCGGCGUCUCGCCCGGUGGCUCCUCGCGGCCGGGCCGCCGGCACACGGUGCAGUCUCACCGCGUGUCCGUCACGGACCUGCAGGACUGCAUUCAGCUAAACCAGUACAAGGUGCUGGGCGAGAUUGGAAAGGGGUCCUACGGAGUGGUCCGGCUGGCGUACAACCAGGAGGACAACGUCCACUACGCCAUGAAGGUGAUGUCCAAGAAGCGCCUGGUGAAGCAAGCCGGCUUCCCGCGUCGGCCUCCCCCACGCGGCAGGGCGGCCGGAGCGGCGGCGGCGGCGACGACGGCGACGACGGCCCGGAGCCCCCUGGACCGGGUCUACCAGGAGAUCGCCAUCCUGAGAAAGCUGGACCAUCCCAACGUGGUGCGGCUAGUCGAGGUGAUGGAUGACGCCGGCGAAGACAACUUGUACAUGGUAUUCGAGCUGGUGCGCAGGGGGCCCGUGAUGGAGGUUCCCUCUGAGUGCCCCUUCUCGGAGGAGCAGUCUCGCCAGUACUUCCGCGACAUCCUCAUGGGGAUCGAAUACCUGCACCACCAGGGCAUCGUGCACCGUGACGUGAAGCCGUCCAACCUCCUGCUGGGCGACGACGACCACAUCAAGAUCUCGGACUUCGGCGUGAGCGACCGCUUCCACGGCGACGACGCCGUCCUCUGCGGCUCGGCCGGCACGCCGGCGUUCUGCGCCCCCGAGACGCUGACGCACGCGCGCACGCGCUUCACCGGGAAGGCACUGGACGUGUGGGCCAUGGGAGUGACUUUGCACUGCUUCGUGUUCGGAAUCUGCCCGUUCAGGGACGAGCACAUCCUCGCCCUGCACAACCAGAUCAAGACGCAAGCCGUCACCUUCCCCGAGCAGCCCGCAAUCGGUGAGCCGCUCAAGGUGCUGCUGCUGGCCAUGCUGGACAAGCGGCCGGAGAGCCGCAUCACGGUGCCCCAGAUGAAGUGUCACGGCUGGGUGACCCAGGGCGGCACGGACCCGCUGCCCCCACUGCACUGCGCCCCCGUGGAGGUGACGUGCGACGAGGUGCGGGACUCGGUGCGUCACGUCGUCAGCCUGGCGACGCUGAUCAUGGCCAAGCAGAUGCUGCGCAAGCGCUCCUUCAGCAACCCCUUCGAGUCGAGCAGCCGCAAGGAGGAGCGCAGCAUGUCGGCUCCGGGAAACCUGCUCAUGGACCGCCAACUAUCAUUUCACAAACUGCACCCAUCUCUAAGGAAGCAGAACAGCGGAGAUGCCAUCGCGGUGGCCCCCGACCUGCCGGAGGUACAAGAAGGCGAAAAUUCGUCGUGAAGCCGGAGAGUCGCCCUGCAGCGAACUUGGGCCGCGCCUGGAGGGAGAAGCGUCCGUACGUCCGUACGUCCGCCCACUGCCGCCGCCGCAGCAGCAGUGGCAGCGUUGAGCGGCGGCGGUGCGACGUGUCAGCCGCCGUCGAGGGGGAAGCGUCCAAGGGCCGUUGCCGCCGCCGUCGACCCUGCCGCGUACGGGGCUCCACGGUUCUUUUUGUUUUAAAAGAAAAUGUUUCGAGUGACGCUCACAAGCUGAGAUGUUUUUAUUUUUGUUAACCCCGGGCGAGAACCGGAUGAGUCUCGUUCGCGAGAGCGCCGUCUAGGGGGGGCGGGGAGGCGUGAGCCUGCCGCCAGCAGCCGGUGGCGAUAAUCGCCGCGCUGCGUGUGUGUGUGUAACGCAUGCGCGAUCUCAAUCGAGCAAUUUGCGCUGCGAUUUUUUUUCUUCCCAAUUUGGCAAAUUUGCACCGUGACGCCGACACACGGCGGCCCUGCUCUUGCACGUGACGUCAAGGGAUCAUUACACACACCGCAGUAAUAACCAGGGGCGGCCGCUGGAUUCGAACCGCGAACUUCUCUGCCACGAUGGGCGGUCGCGCGACCGCUUAAGCCGCGUCGUCGCGAACGCCACCCACCAUCUCGCCGGGAGGAAUCAUGGAAGAUAUGCACUUUGUAACCGAUGUCAUUCCCUCUGCGCGUCUCGAGUAAGACUUCGCAGAAGCGGGAGCGGUCAAUCGCUCCCCCCUCCCUCCCGACCGAGGUUCACGAAACGCGUGCGGCACGAAGCUGUGUGUCUACGUCGAACUUCUUUCGCACCGUACGUAGCCAACCGCGCCAAUCGGAGGUGAGAAUGCGUGGAUCACCCACGCUCGGCGCGGGGGUGACUAUUUUUCGAGUUAAAAUUCACAUCACUUUUUUUCAAGGAGCGUUCCUUACGCGCACGAGUCGCACCGUCAAUGGCCACGGAUCGCGGAGUUUCUACGAGGCAAUAUUCGCGCGUUCCCCCCCCCCACACCCACACACCGGCAGCAAAAAAAUGAUAUCAGUCGGGUCACGAAGCAUGAACUUUUGGGACGCCAAGGCCGCUGCAAUGCACCAUGGGAGCGGGUCGUUGGGGGGGGAAGGCACCCCCCCCCCCCCCCACCGCCGCUGCGCGCUGAGUCAGACGUAGACGAUACCGCGGCCUGGUCCCGGAGGAAAACUGAGCGGAGGGGGGAGCGGAGACGGUGGCGAGAGGGGAGAUGGACAGGGUGCUUCAAAAAGAUGUUAACCACCUUCGAGAAUUUGAAACAACGCCGCGAGAAAUGUGCUGCCUCCGGGCUCUGGAGACCACCCGGAGAAGAUUCCAGGCAACGUGUUGACAACGAUGGGAGACGCUUUGACUUUUUGAAGCUACUGACAUGCAUUAAUUAUCACGUUAAGGCCCAUUAUCCGUUAUUUUCCCAUUAAAAAAACGAUAGUCCAAUGUCAGUGUUAACGUUUCUUUUGCAGCACCCUGGACACUGUGAUAACCUCCUCAAGGCGACAUUGAAUCCUGGGCCUCACUUCAUGCUGAGCCAGUGGGGAGCUAGCAGGGAAGGCUCAGCCUUGCUCUCACCUCAGUCCUCCUAGCGCGGUGUUUUCAGAGGCGGCGGGCGGGGGGGGCCACUUUCGCCGAUAAGACAUCACCGGUGUGGUGAGGGCCGCCACACAUUUGAACCCAUCGGGCUGGGUUUGACAGCAGCACGAUGAUGAUGAUGGGGGGCUGUUUUCACUCUUUGUGUAUUGCUGGGGGGGCCGCACUAAAGGUCCACCAGCGGCCACCCAGUGGCCCGCGAGCCUUGGACGUGAAGGACAGUGGCCUAGCAAGAUGACCUCUGGUCAUCCGUGAGUGUAAGCACGCUGCUUAUGAUGAUGAUGAUGCUAAUGCUGCCUGCAAGGCUUGAGGUGUGGGGCCUGCAGGCGCCGACUGCUGCAGCCGCUACAGGCGUCGGUGUGUCAAGAUGUAACCAUGCACGUGUCUCUAUGAGCAAUGUUAUAUGCAUGCGUGUAAUUUGUAUGUUACCGUAUUAUUUUAUUAAAAUGCCCUC